CUGCCCAGUCGCGCACGAGCAGCUGUUUUAGCGUCCCUUUGCGUGCGGGAGGAACAUGGCGGACCGCCUCACGCAGCUGCAAGACGCCGUGAACUCGCUUGCAGAUCAGUUUUGUAAUGCCAUUGGAGUGUUGCAGCAAUGUGGUCCUCCUGCCUCUUUUAAUAAUAUUCAGACAGCAAUGAACAAAGACCAGCCAGCUAACCCUACAGAAGAGUAUGCCCAACUAUUUGCAGCACUGAUUGCACGAACAGCAAAAGACAUUGAUGUUUUGAUAGAUUCCUUACCAAGUGAAGAAUCUACAGCAGCUUUACAGGCUGCUAGCUUAUAUAAGCUAGAAGAAGAAAACCAUGAAGCUGCUACAUGUCUAGAGGAUGUUGUUUAUCGAGGGGACAUGCUUCUGGAAAAAAUACAAAGUGCGCUUGCUGAUAUUGCACAAUCACAGCUGAAGACAAGAAGUGGUACCCAUAGCCAGUCUCUUUCAGACUCAUAGCACCAAUGAAUACCAUGUGACUGAAAAAAGAACUGUUUCAAUGCCAUUAAGAAUUCUGAAUCAAAUUUGGAUAUAAGCCUUACCAAACAUUACAGAAAUGUUAAACACUAUGACGUGUUACAUUUUUAGCUAUUUUUAAUAGUCUAUUUUCGCUCUUGAUUGGAUAAACUUAUAAGAUUGCAAUUGAACCAGCUUUAAACUAUCAUAUCAUUUUUUAUCCGAAUGAAAUUAUUAAGGCAGAUAAUGCAUUAAUGAUCAGAAUAUAAUUAAACAGAUAUAAAAUUCUGUUGUGACAUAAUUUAUGCAGAUAAUGCAUUAAUGAUCAGAAUAUAAUUAAACAGAUAUAAAAUUCUGUUGUGACAUAAUUUAUGUCUAUAUUUUUGUUGUAUUUCUGCAGUCCUUUUUACAAAUUAAAACAUCCCCCAUGCCCGAGAAGAAAGCGGUAAGUGCAGAGAUAGGCAUAUUUCAGUUUAGGUUGGUGUCCCUCUGUCUUUUUAGAAGUGGCAUUGUAUAAAUAUGGAGUUUUGAGUAAGAAAGACUCUGAAACUACAUUGCUUUUCAGAAACAAAAAGAAUGUGGCUGGAUGAGAGAAAGUCAUUUUUAUGCAAUUUUGUUCCUCUUCCAGAACCUCAUACCUAUUUAUUUCAUCUCCACAUUGAUUUUACUAAGGAAUUCUCUAUCUGUGGAAUUCCCCUGCUAUUGCCCAUGAAAGCAUUUUUCUUCAUCCUGAACUAUUUUUUUCACCUGCUUUUGUUCAUGCUUCUCCUUAAUUUACUUGUCAUCACAGUGAAGUAUGUUUCCUGAAUCAAUUCCUUAUUCUCUUUAUCCGAAGGCACUGUCUCUUGAUCUUAUUAGCCUCUCAACUUUUAUAACUGUAUUCCAGUCAGAUUAGAACAUACUUCCACUACCUCAGAUACUUCAAUAUUGUUUUCUUCAUUUCACCUCAUUUUGUUAUUGCUAAAAUUUGUGUCAGCAUUAUCAGCUAUGGUUACUCAUCCAACUUUUGGAUCUUCUUGAGUCCACUGAUGUCUCCACUGAAAAGCCGGAAUUGAAAUGUUCCACAUUUUAGGAGAUUAUCUCCUGAGGUUGUAUUUUUCAGAAUAUCCUGAGCUAUAUUUGCUUCAGUCUGUUGCUAUUCUGAGUUAACAUGUCAGGAGAUAGCGCAACAGCAAUAGAGAAUUCUGCCUGUUAUUUUUAUCAUAAUCAAGCUUUUCCACAGUAUUGAAAAAUACUGUGUCUCAAAGUACAGGAGCACCAGCAUUAGCUGCAAAAGUUGUUACAAUUCAUUGACUAGUCAUUAUAAAUUUUUGAACUUCUAAUUUCUGUGUAUAUUUUCUUUGAAGUUUAAUAAAAAACACUUUGCUAUCACA